AUGACAAACAGCCACAACGCCCCAUCUAACGAGCAAAUUAAGAAGGAUCUCAAGAAGGAUGCCGAAAACAUUGAGAAGAAGGCAGAAGUUGAGCUUGAAAACGCUAAGGAGCAAGGCGCUGCAAAGGCCAAGGACUUGAAGAAGCAAGGUUCAGCAAAAGCUCAAGAAUUGAAGAAGCAAGGUGAAUUUGAGGCUGAGGCUUUGAAGGAAUCUGGAAAAGAGCUUUACGAAGCUGCUAGUGAAAGAGGUCAACAAAUUUACGACGAUGCAAGCAAGAGGGGCGAAGAAGCUUUUGAUGCUGCUAAAAAGGAGUUCAACCACUUGGAGAAGGAGGGCAAAAAUCUUUGGCAACAAUUUUGGUCAUGGUUCCAAACCAAGUCUAGCGAAGCUGGCAAAUAUGUACAACAAUCAGCUAGCCAAAUCCAAAAGGCUUCAGGCAAUGCUGUGAGCAGAGUCGGCAUUGAGUUGCAGAACCCAGUUGUUGUUGCUCAAUUGGUUGUAGCUGCCGGUGGUGCUGCCGCUGGAUACUUGGGUUACUUGGAGAGACACAGAAUCAGAUCAGAUAACAAUGCUGUUGUUGGCAUCCAUGCCUCAAUCGUCACCGGAUUGGUCUUGCUCGAUGGUUUCUUGUUUAACAAAUACUACCCACAAUACGACAAAAAGAGAACAACCGUUGCUUAA